GUUGAAACGUCGCAAUAUUCAUACGAGAAGAUUCCAAGUUUUUAUCAACAUGUUGUUCAUUGCAAAAUUUACGAAGCUCGCUCUACUCGCCAUUUCCCUAUUUUCAAUUCCUGGGUUGAGUACAGCAGCACCUCAAAAAUCAGUAAUUGUUUCGUAUCCGGACGAUACUCCAAACGAUGUCGUACAGCAAGCGAUGGAUGCGAUCAAAAACGCUGGAGGCACUAUUACACAUGAAUACAACCUUAUCAAAGGCUUUGCUGCCAAAGCUCCAGCUCAAGUCCUUGUUACUGUUCAGGCAUGGGGAAACGAUUAUCACGCCGUUAUCGAAGAGGAUCAGGUUGUAAAUGCCAAUAACUAAGAAUGGGACUUGAUGACGACACGAUAUGAAAUUGGAAAUAGGCGCAUUCAGGAAUUUCCACUCAUCGAUGGUGUAUACAUGACGUUCAUAAGUGGUACUGGGUAUUAUCGAGGAGUUUGGUGGUUCCUCGUCAAUAGGAUCAGUGUAUAUGGAAGACAUUAGGGAAAUGGAGUCGGAAUAGUCUUGGGACAUUUUUAAUAGAAUGAUUUGGGAAAAUGGUAAUCGGCCGGACAACAUCAGCAUACUUAAGAAUCGGGACAGCCAACUCGAGUGUCACUACAGAAGAAAUAUAAUAAUCUCUCACUUACA